AUGCCACGAACCACCGUUUUUAGGAAGAGCCUGAAAAUAUUGCGCCAUAUUAGCUUAUAUGGUAUCAUAUUUCCGUAUACAUCUUACGCAUUUUAUGUCAGUCUGAAAACCAACUGGGAAAUAACCAAAAGGAAGGAUGAUCAUACUAUAUUAAAAUACACACCAUUAAAAAUUUGUGGAAGAUAUGAAAAUCCAUUCGAAGAAUAUAGAAUACAAACCGUUUAUGAAUUUUUCAUAAAUCGUAUAAUUGAAUUAUUUGAAACUAAUAGAGGUGGAAUUCCAAUUGAUCAAGCUAGAAUGAACACAUUAAUGCCAAUACACAAACCCACUUGGACAACAACUACUAGUGUUAACGGUGUUAAUACCUCAAAAGAAAUUUUAUCUGAUCCAAUUGAUUCAAUCACAUUGAUGGAUACCUUUGCUUUAUCCAAGAACAAAGAUUCUACGAGAUCAACUGCAAAUCUUGAUGUCACUUGGUUAGGACAAUCAUGUUCAUUUAUAUUGUAUAAUAAUUCUUUGAAAAUUUUGACUGAUCCAUUAUUUACCAAUUUUUUAAUUAGUCCAAAGUUUGGACCGAAAAGAAUUACCAAACUACCAUGUAGUAUAGAAGAUGUACCACAACCGGACAUAAUCUUGGUUUCACAUAAUCACCCAGAUCAUUUAGAUGAGUUAAGUUUAAAAACGUGGGCAAAUAAGGAGAAUGUCACCUGGAUUGUACCUAAAGGUUUGGGAACGUUCUUGAAAAAAAAUUACGACAUCAAAAAUUACAUUGAACUAAGUUGGUGGCAAUCUGCUAAGAUCACCACCAAAAAUUUGCAUAAAACAUAUUUUGUACAUUGUACACCAGCAAUGCAUUGGUCUGGUAGAUCUUUGUUGGAUUCAAAUGAAUCUUUAUGGUGUACUUUUUUGGUUAAAGAGCAGGGAUGCUCACAGAAUUUUUUAUUUCAUGGUGGUGAUACAGGGUAUGUUAAAGAUCUAUUUAAAAUGAUUAGGGCUAGAUAUGGUGAUGUGAAGCUAGCUAUAUUGCCCUGUGGACAAUAUUGUCCCCAGUGGCACCAAAAACCAAGGCAUAUUAAUCCAACCGAGGUCUUAAAUAUUAUGAAAGACCUCCAUGCCCAAAACGUUCUAGGAGUGCAUUGGGGUACGUUUGUAUUAAGUGGUGAAUACUUUCGAGAGCCUAAAGAAAAAUUAGAAUUUUUAGCGGAAUGGGAGGGUGUUUCGCAGAAUUGUUAUUGUCCAGAAUUAGGCAAUACCCAACAGUUUUAA